AUGUGUAUAAAUUCUUUAAUGAUUGAUACCGAUAUAAUCCAAUGUCUCGUAGACGAUUUACUCGAUCGAAUAUGUUCACCCACCAGUUCACCCUUGCCGAUCAGUUCUUCAGCUUAUUAUUCAUCGAAAUCACUUGAGAAUAAAUUUCAGCAAUCAAUUAAUAUUCUUAAUAAGUCAAUAAAACAAUUGUUAACCUACGAAUUGCACAGUGUUGUCAACAAUGGUCAACUAACAAGCGCAUCCAACAUUCGUCAUAGUCGGUAUUACAAUCCGGCUACUGCAUUGAAACAGACAAAUGAUUUGAAGAAAAGAUUGCAUUGGAUCGAACAAAGGCAAAUGCUACUGAAACAAUUGGAUAGUAAUCAAGAUAAAACAAUUCCACAAACAUAUUCGGAUUUGAAUGCAUUAGAAAACAUUUGGUUUAAUCAUCGUCUAAAGAUUCUCGAUAAUUCAUUGGAACUACUCACAAAGCAAUCCGAUGAAAAGAAAUCUUCGGACGACGAUGACAUCGAAGAAUCAUCUUGUGCUCGUUGUAGAGUGUAUCGAAGAAGAAAAGAAGAAGAUAGUCAGUUGUUGAAGAAACUAAAGCGUACUCAACGUAUUCAUAUUGAACAUAAUUAUUCAACUACCUACGUUCAGUAUUCGUCCCCAGAAUCGGAUCUUAUUUUAUCCCUGUCGAAAAUAGCUGACCGUAUCGGUCAUAGUUCGAAUUUGAAUGUUUCAAGUCACACGAAAAAACUGCCAACAUCAACAAUGAAGAAGAAGCAACCAUCCAAAUUGCAAUCGUCGAUAUCUCUCAUUGUUACAGAUUCCAACAAAGCUCAAAAAAGACCAUCAGACGACUCUCGGAGUAUAUCGAACAGUAAUUUCAUCUCCGCUAAUUAUGAUGUUACUAGCAAACGACAGAAACGGAUCGCUUCUCCACAAUCGACAUUAACCGUGUCCUCAGCGAAUACGUCUGGGCCGAUUAGCAGUUCAUCUCCUCAUGAAAUUCUUACACCCAGUUGGCGUGUAUUGACAAAUGUUGAUUUGGAGAAUUCAAUUGAUCAACAAGAAAAUGAAGAUAUUUCUGAUGAGAGUUAUAUUCGUCGUCAUAUUCGUUGUGAAUUAGAACAAGAAACAUGGAUUACAAAUCCGACAGCAACAAAUAAUCUUUCAAUAACAUCGACUCGAAAAAAUUCUACACUUCAAACAUCGUUGUCUGUACCGAAUAGUUUAGCAACGACGAAUUCAAAACAGUAUCGUUUAACACCGAAUGGAAUUGCCUAUACAGAGACAUCGGAUAUCAAACAAAAUCUUGUCUAA